ACUUGUCAUUGCUCAGAAUGUUUUGAAGCUUUCUCGAGGGUUAUAGAAAAUACUAGUAGUGGUCAUAUAAGCAUUUGUGGCUGUUGGCCUGAAUUAAGACAUGAAGAAAUACAGAGAACGAUGGAGAGCAAAUUCUGCAUUUUGACCGACACAGAAGACCUCAGAACCCUAAUUUCAAGUACCGAAGAGAGUCUGCAAAUUGAAAGGUAACGUUAGCUGCUAGCUAGCUAGGCUAGCCAACCAAUAACUACAGUAAAUAUCUUGCCAAACAUUAGUAGAUUAACCGACAUCAGCAGUAUUCAAUAUUGCAUCGACACUUAAACGCAUCAACACGGGGUUUUAGAAGGCUGCACUUACUUAGCUAGGUAGUUAACUAUCUAGCUAGCUAUGUUCAAAGCUAGCUACUAACGUUAAUACUAGCUAGUUACAGUGGAGGUAGCUAACUAGCUAGAUGGUCUGCUAAACUAACGUCAGCUAGCAGCUGGCGUAUACCAGGGUGUGUGUUGCAGCUUGCAUGCUAGAGCAUUAAUUAUAGUUAACUAUCUGCCAUGUUCAUCUUCUAUUCAAUUUAUCAAAUUAUGUUGACUACAAUAACAAUGCUGAUAAUAUAUAUUUGUAAAUAUGUAUAAUGUAGCUAGCUGUGUUUAUUCCUCGUGUUAUUAUUUUUCUAUUAUUUCUCUUUUUUAGUCUACACCUGUUGUUUACGAAUCAUAUGACAAAUAACAUUUGAUGUAAUUUACCUGGGAUUGCAUUGCAAAUGUGCAUGUCAUCAUCAGACAGUUUGCUUGCUAACGUUACAAGAUGAUCCUGGGCCCUGGUUUGAGGGAUGUUUUGCCAUACACUCAUUCGUAAUUUAAUGAAUUAGGCAUUUAGUAAAUUAUGAAUACCUUCCUUCAUCAAGACAUACAAGAAAACCCUUAUUAGUCAUAAGGAAGAUGUAGGAUCAAGGUAAGGAUUUAAGGAGGGUAUAAGCUGAUCCUAGCUCUGUGCUUAAGAUCAACUUCACCCCUUAACCCAGAGGGAAUGAUAACUUAUAUCUUCAUGUUGUCUCCUUAGGACAAAGACUUUGUUUGAGGAGAUCCGUGCAUCCAUCAACAACAAUGAUGAAGAGGACCGUUCCUUUUGGAGGCCUGUGCUCCCAUGGGGGGGCGUCUACACCAUCAGGGCGGGGAGGAGGGCCAUCUCAUGCACCCCUCUGUAUGUUAAGAUAAACCUAAAGAACACCUGCACCAUCGACGGGUUCCUCAUGAUCCUCUAUGUCAUCCUGAGAGACAACCAGAGCUUUCCCCGGGAGGUGGGCAUCUUUCUAGGCAGGCAGUUUGUAGAGCAUUUCCUCUACCUGAUGGACUCGUAUGACUACACCACCGUUAAGAUGCUGUGGAUCUGGGACAGGAUGUCCAAAAGGCAGUACCGCUCAGUGAUCCACCAUGCAGCGUUGGAGAUUGAUCUGUUUGGUAACGAACAUGAGAACUUCACCAAGAAUUUAGAGACCAUGCUGUCCACCAUGCAGGAGAGCCUAUGCACCAAAUGGAGCUGUCCUGCUCGCUUCCAGGAGUUCUUACAGAGAACCAUCAACAUCAAGUAAGAGAGGCAGGGGCUGCAAAUCAAAGUCUGAUAGCUGGUCAGUGUGGGAGGAUUUGCUUUGCGCCUUAUCUCCCAGAGCUUCUGAUCAGAGACCAGUGAUCCUUCAUUAGUAUGGAAAUGAAUAGUUAGUUACUACAAAUAAACUAUGAACUCAAUUAGUUCAGUGGGGUGAACUGGACUGUCAAAUGGGAGGGCCUUCCCUGUUUCUAUUGCUUGCUUUGCUAAUUCUUCUGGACAGCUGGUCUACACCUGUCUUCAAUAAGCUUUUAUUUCUCCCCCUUGACUUGCUGCUUGACUAAAGUAAGGCCCAGCUGUCUAAUGCUCACAGCAGGGUUGUGCUCAAUUCAAAAAUUCUGAAUUGAGCACAACCCUGCUGUGAGCAUUAGACAGCUGGGCCUUAUUUUAGUCAAGCAGCAAGUCCAAAAUUGACAGUCCAAAAUCACAUUGUAGGAUUUUUAAUGAAUUUAUUUGUAAAUUAUGGUGGAAAAUAAGUAUUUGGUCACCUACAAACAAGCAAGAUUUCUGGCUCUCACAGACCUGUAACUUCUUCUUUAAGAGGCUCCUCUGUCCCCCACUCGUUACCUGUAUUAAUGGCACCUGUUUGAACUUGUUAUCAGUAUAAAAGACACCUGUCCACAACCUCAAACAGUCACACUCCAAACUCCACUAUGGCCAAGACCAAAGAGCUGUCAAAGGACACCAGAAACAAAAUUGUAGACCUGCACCAGGCUGGGAAGACUGAAUCUGCAAUAGGUAAGCAGCUUGGUUUGAAGAAAUCAACUGUGGGAGCAAUUAUUAGGAAAUGGAAGACCACUGAUAAUCUCCCUCGAUCUGGGGUUCCACGCAAGAUCUCACCAAAAUAAUCACAAGAACGGUGAGCAAAAAUCCCAGAACCACAUGGGGGGACCUAGUGAAUGACCUGCAGAGAGCUGGGACCAAAGUAACAAAGCCUACCAUCAGUAACACACUACGCCGCCAGGGACUCAAAUCCUGCAGUGCCAGACGUGUCCCCCUGCUUAAGCCAGUACAUGUCCAGGCCCGUCUGAAGUUUGCUAGAGUGCAUUUGGAUGAUCCAGAAGAGGAUUGGGAGAAUGUCAUAUGGUCAGAUGAAACCAAAAUAUAACUUUUUGGUAAAAACUCAACUCGUUGUGUUUGGAGGACAAAGAAUGCUGAGUUGCAUCCAAAGAACACCAUACCUACUGUGAAGCAUGGGGGUGGAAACAUCAUGCUUUGGGGCUGUUUUUCUGCAAAGGGACCAGGACGAUGGAUCCGUGUAAAGGAAAGAAUGAAUGGGGCCAUGUAUCGUGAGAUUUUGAGUGAAAACCUCCUUCCAUCAGCAAGGGCAUUGAAGAUGAAACGUGGCUGGGUCUUUCAGCAUGACAAUGAUCCCAAACACACCGCCCGGGCAAUGAAGGAGUGGCUUCGUAAGAAGCAUUUCAAGGUCCUGGAGUGGCCUAGCCAGUCUCCAGAUCUCAACCCCAUAGAAAAUCUUUGGAGGGAGUUGAAAGUCUGUGUUGCCCAGAGACAGCCCCAAAACAUCACUGCUCUAGAGGAGAUCUGCAUGGAGGAAUGGGCCAAAAUACCAGCAACAGUGUGUGAAAACCUUGUGAAGACUUACAGAAAACGUUUGACCUGUGUCAUUGCCAACAAAGGGUAUAUAACAAAGUAUUGAGAAACUUUUGUUAUUGACCAAAUACUUAUUUUCCACCAUAAUUUGCAAAUAAAUUCAUAAAAAAUCCUACAAUGUGAUUUUCAGAUUUUUUUUCUUCUCAUUUUGUCUGUCAUAGGUGACGUGUACCUAUGAUGAAAAUUACAGGCCUCUCUCAUCUUUUUAAGUGGGAGAACUUGCACAAUUGGUGGCUGACUAAAUACUUUUUUCCCCCACUGUAUAUAUAUGAAUGUAUAUAAUGACAUGCUUGAUGUUUUAUGUACAAGAUGUAUAUUUGUAUAGACUACACAUAAAUAAGAAUUUGUUCUUAACUGACUUGCCUAGUUAAAUGAAGGUAAAAUUAAAAUUAAAAAAUACUCUGAGUGUACAAAACAUUAGAAACACCUGCUCUUUCCAUGACAGACUGACCAGGUGAAAGCUAUGAUCCCUUAUCGAUGUCACUUGUUGAAAACACUUCAAUCAGUGUAGAUGAAGGGAAGGAGACAGGUUAAAGGAAUACUUCGGAAUUUUGGAAGAUGCCCUUAGGCUAGUAGAUACCCAUACACUUCCAGUCAUUGCGCUAAUGCUAGUUAGCGAGGGCUCGCAAAACUGCCUCUAACUUCCAUCAUACUGGACACAGAGAUACAAAAAUUGUAUCCACGAGUUCAUCUGACUAUAGGGAAGUAGAUAAAGGGCAUCUGCCAAAACCCCGAAGGGUUUUUCACUCAACACUGUGGAAUGCUUUCGACACCUUGUAGAGUCCAUGCCCCAACGAAUUGAUGCUGUUCUGAGGGCAAAAGGGUGUGCAACUCAAUAUUAGGAAGGUGUUCCUAAUGUUUUAUACACUCAGUGUAGAAUAGAAGAGGCAUUUGAAUUUCACUGAAUUAAAUUAUAUUGCAAUUCUGUAUCUUGUUAACUACUUCAAUUGAAAUUCAAGAAUUGAAUUGGAAUUUAUGAGGCAUUCUCAAUUCAAUUCUGGAUUGAGCACAAUCCUGGCUCACAGUAUAAAACUAUGAAGAGAGCAGUUGAUUUCUAAACAGCUCUGGUUCAAUCUCUGCUAGAGCCUUAUAAAGGCAUGUUUACCCACGGUGGGCUGUAUUUAGACAGUGGAUUAUACCUAUUACCAAAUCCCAACUACUAUUUCAGUCGUUUUCAUAGGUGCUUUUCUUUCUGGUGGAGUUUAAAAUGAUUAAUUAGGUUAGUGUAAAUGCAUCUAUGUAGCCUGAUACUGGUGCUGUUCAGAGUCAGACUUCUUACCAUUUUUCUUCCUUCCCAGUCCUCCUCAUGAGCUGCCCCAUAGAGAUCCCAUUCAGUCAGCGGUGGAGGAGUUCUUCUGUCCCAAAAUCAUUCUCUGCAAAGAACUGGGGUGAGAGACAUAAUGUAAAUGUUGAACCAUCAUAUCCUAUAAUAUCUCCUGGUCUUUUCUAUGAUGCUGAAUGAAUUUCUGUCUGUUCUGCAGGUGUAAUGGGUUGAGGGAGUUCUCUCAGAGGGUCUUCUGCCACGGACCACCUCCUUUUGUCAUUCUCAACAUGCAGCUGUGGAAGUCUGAGGAGCUGUCCUACGUCCCUUACCAUCUGGCCCUGUCCCAACACAGGUAAGGAUCCAUGUAGAGCAGGAGGACUCCAAUCCCAGCCUCAUUGUCUGAUGCUGUUCUUUUUAUCCCCGGUUGUUAAUUAAAUGUAAUUGAUUGUCAAUAUCUCCAGUCUGUUUUUAUUUUGUUUUUAAGUAACCUCCUUGCCUGUACUUUGCUAUUUGCAUUGAUUUCUUUAAGCUUUUUCUGGUAACCGAGACAUGCAAAAAAAUAGAAAUGUCUCUGUGCUUUUCAAUAGGUACUCACUGGAGGGCGCAACACUCUUCAACAAGGAAGAGCAUCACUACUCUGCAGCCUUCCAGAUAGAUGGCUAUUGGAUGCACUAUGACGGGCUGAGGAGCGACAACCUGAUCCUGUUAAACAAGCCCCCUGAACUCCUGCUGCUCUCUUCCCUUGUCUACAUCCGUGCCUCGGACAAAUGAGAUGCACAAAGGUAACCAAGCAGGGAUGGGGUCAGAUCCAUUUUUCAUUACUU